UCUAUAGUUGCUACCAAAUUAAUUAAGAUCGAUGGGAAAAUUGAUGUGGAGAAUGGUGACAUUAAUGUUGCUAUACAGCAACGUUUAGAAACGGGAAAUUUGAUAUUCCAGGAUUUGAUUAAUAAGGCCAUAAAUAUAUACAAGUCAGAACAGUUAGAUGAUCCAUUCACACCUGAAAUCAAUUGGUUUAGUAGUUCGGCGCUUGAUAGUCGUUAUAAUUCAUAUCGACAGCGAAUAAAAAAAAUACUAGUUCCCUAUCAUUUAUAUCAAGCAAUACAAGCCAAUUUGAAUACAUUUGAUUUUUUGAAUGGCGAAGGUUUGGCGUCUGACAAAAAAAGGAUACAAGAAUAA